AUGAUAAUUAUUCUAAUUGUUUUUAUUAUAUUGACAUUUAAUAAUAUAGUUAAAAGUGAAGUUAUUCAAUUUAUUGAAUGGGAUAAUAUAACACAAAUAAAUAAUUUGCAUUUAGAGUUUAAAAUGGGUUCAACAGUUUUAUUUUCAGUUUCAAAUAAUACAGGUGAUCAUAACAUAGUUAUUAAAGAAUCUUUUUUUAAUUCUUCAGAAACAUUAAUAAAAUCACCAAUACUAAAUUUUAAUAAUAAUCAAAUUUACUUUAUAUAUACAUUUAUUAAAGAUGGAAAUUAUUUAAUAACUGAUGAUUUCUCAAAAAAUUCAAUGGAUAUUAAAAUUUCCUCUCCUCAAUUUAAUCAACAAUCUUCAAACUCUUCAAAAUCUUUAAAUUAUGAUUCUUUAAAUAAUAUCACAUUCAGUAGUAGUAGUAAUGACAAUGAUGGUAAUAGUAAUGAAAUUUCUCAAGAAAAUGAAAAUUUGGAUUUUAAUAAAUUUUUUAAAGAUUCAAAAGAGGAAUUGAAUUAUACUUAUUCAACAAAUUUAAAUAAUAAAAAAUCAAUUUAUGACUUUUUUUCAAAUUUUACAAUUUCUUCAUCAAAUUCAACAAUUAAAAAUUCAACAAAAUCAAAAAAACCAACCACUAUAAUUGUUCGUAGUCAUCAUAAUGAAAACUCAGACAUUCUUUUAAACUCUGAUUCAAACUCAAAUUCAAACUCAAUUUCUAACCAAAAUUCACACCAAAAUUCAAAUUCUAAUUCAAUACAACCACCUUCUAUAUAUUAUUUAAUUAUCUAUGUAUCGAUUUUAUUUAUAUUUUAA